ACUUAGAGCAGAUCACUUCAAAUAUAAAGGGUCCACGUGGAGUGAGUUUUAUGUGAAGAGGACAGUAGGAAUCAUGGCAAUGGAAGCUGAGAGUAUUCUAGCUGCACAGCAAGCUCAAUACAAGAGCACUGAGGUAGAGAAAGAAGUAGAGUUACAGUUUGACGUAGGAAAUCUUUUAGCAACAGAUCUCAACAACUUAAACGAAGAUGAACUGAAGAAGAACAGAGAUGAGUACUUGCACACUAUCAUGAGGGAUAACACACAGCUUCUUCUCAAUAAAAUAUGGGAGUUACCUGUGGAGAAGACUGAUGAAGGACUAAUUUUGGCUCAGCUUCCUUCUCCUACGACAGUUCUUCCCAGAGAGAAGCGGAUUCCCAAGCCGAGGCCGCCUACAACGUGGGAGCUUUUUGCCAAGCAGAAGGGAAUAAGAAAAGAAAAAAGAUCAAGGAUGGUGUUUGAUGAACAGGCACAGGAGUGGAAGCCGCGGUGGGGAUACAAUAGGGUGGGAGACACCAAGCAGAACUGGAUGAUGGAGGUCCCUGACAACGCAGAUCCUAAUGAGGACCAGUUUGAGAAGCAUUCCAAAGAGAGGGCCGAGAAAAUUGCCAAGAACGAAUACCAGAGACUUAGCAACAUCUCCAAGGCAGAGAAGGGAAAACGACUGAAAGUUCCCCUACCUCCUCCUUUCACAAAGAACCUCGGAAAACACGAGCUGACACGCGCGCUGGGUACUGCCAAGUCCUCCACAGCCUCAGUGGGGAAGUUCACACCCUCUCUGCCUAAGGAGCCGGAGCAAAAAAGAGAGAAAAAACGAAGGUUUGCACCAGUAGUUGGAGAUGCAGGUGCUGAAAAACAGAGAAGUUUGGACCUCCUUUCAAAGUUGAGCAAGAAGAGGGAAGUGUUGGAUGUCAAGAAAGCCACUACCGACCAUCUGGCUUCAGAGCAGACACAGACACACAGAAAGAGAAAGUCGGAGGGUAGAGAAGGGAAAAAACCAACCAAGAGGUCCAAGAUGGGAGGAGUAAAGAAAUCGUCCCGAGGGUUUAAUACCAAUGCAAAGAAAGGGGCUGGCAAGACUGCAACUAGCAAGACAGGCAGAAAAUCAAAGUAGAUGAUAAUUAUAGCUACACACACUUUUUAUGUUAUGCAAUUGAUCAAAGAAAUUAUGAUGAGAACACAA